AUGUCUUCAAAUGAAAGGGUAGAACCAAUCGCCAAAGGUAUUCUACCCACCGCCGUACAAUUCUUCAAGGAUCUCUUCAUCUGGAAACAACGCGUUGAAGUAGUCAACGGUUUCAGCGAGACUCACGCAGAAUGGCAGUCGCCAGAGCCCCUUAAGAACCCCAUCAGUCUGAUGGCUCAACUCUCCGCUCGAGACUGGCUCUUUUUCUUGGACGGACUAGCGGCAUGGACUGCCGAUGCUUUUGACUUCCAUGCGCUCUCUAUUCAGACCAAGAAGCUUUCUGACUACUACAACCGAUCCAAGACAGACGUGAACACCGCCAUCACUCUUACCCUCCUCCUCAGAAGCGUUGGUGCUGCUCUCUUCGGGCUGGCGGGGGACAGGUAUGGCCGUAAGUGGCCAAUGGUGGUGAGCAUGAUCGUUCUUGGAGUGUUACAAGUUGCCACCAUCUAUAGCCAUACCUUUCAGGAGUUCUUAGCAGUACGCAGCCUCUUUGGUCUCUUUAUGGGAGGAGUGUAUGGAAAUGCUAUUGCCAUGGCGUUAGAGCAUUGCCCUGUCAAUGCUCGUGGCCUCAUGUCCGGGAUCCUACAGCAAGGAUACUCUCUGGGUUAUGUGUUCGCCGCCUGUGCCAAUCUUGGCGUUGGUGGCUCAACGGAUAGCUGGAAACGGUGUUUUGGAUUGCAGCAUCCUUUAGCCGGUAUUUCUAUUGGAAUUGGUCUUCUGCGUAUUGCAUUCCCAGAGUCGAAGCAGUUCCUCGAGGCCAAGAAAGCCGGCAAGCGAAACGCAAGCGCGGCUGAGUUCUGGAAGAAGACUCAGUCCAUGGUGGGCAAAGAGUGGCGCAUGUGUGUUUACUGUAUCAUCCUCAUGUCAUGGGUGAGUUCGAACCAUUACCCAAAUACUAUUCUUGUAAUGAAAUCUAACCGAACUACUCUUGGCGACGAAUAA